ACGCGUCCUCGUGACGCACAUCGCUGCGUGGGCGGGCCGCGCGUGGGAGUGCGAGCGCGCAAAUUGUAGCAGCGCGGAAUAUCCCAACUCUGGCAGUAGGGGAGUGAGAGAGAAGAAGAAAGAAAGAGAGAGAGAGAAAAAAGAAAAGAAAGAAAGAAAGGAAGGCGGAAGUCCGACUAGUUCGUCUCUCUCUAUUUUUUUUUCCUUCCUUUGUUAUGUUUUUAAUCGUGUGCACGUCCGGGUUUUGACAACACACACACUUUCUCUCUCUCUCUCUCAUACACACACACACUCACACACACACACACACCAAGAAUUCGGUAAACGCUAGAGCGGAACUACCUGCACGAUCCACACCGACCCGAUGCCGCGCGCCGCGUCACCCCAGUGACCCGCCUGUUCCUCUGAAGUCUGCAACAUUGUGUCCGUUAUUAUCGUUAUCAUUCGAAUUUAAAAAGACUUUGAUCUCAGAGUGUUCGAGAUCUCUGUGGAAUUCGGGAAGAGGGACCUCAAAGAAAGAAGUCCAGACAAAGGUCAUGGCGGCGACUUUGCCCAGGACUCUUGGCGAGUUGCAGCUCUACCGCAUCCUGCAGCGGGCCAACCUGCUGUGCUACUACGACGCGUUCAUCCAGCAGGGCGGCGACGACGUGCAGCAGCUGUGCGAGGCCGCUGAGGAUGAGUUCCUGGAGAUCAUGGCGCUGGUGGGGAUGGCCAGCAAGCCGCUGCACGUCCGACGCCUCCAGAAAGCCCUGCGCGACUGGGUCACCAACCCGGCGCUGUUUAACCAGCCACUCGCUUCACUUCCUGUCUGCAGCAUCCCUGUCUAUAAACUUCCAGACGGUCCUGUGCUGCCUGUCAAAGUUCCCAAAACAGACCCGCCGAAAACCGAAGCGGGCAGCGGGAGCUCCUCGGCCACCGCCUCGCCUCUGCAGAGCGGCAACGAGCCGCGGUUCUGGGCCGAGCGGAGUCUCUCGCCGGCCGAGGUCGGCUCGCCCUCGUCCCCGCUGCCACGUGACACCCUCGAAGCGCUCGACAUCACCGCCGUCCAGGCCGUCAGCGAGUGCGUAGACAGGAUGGCGCGGGCGUUGCCAAAAAGCGACCCGGCGGAGCUGAGAGAGCAGCUCAAGGCCAACAAGAAGCUCGCCAAAAUGAUCGGUCACAUCUUCGAAAUGGGCGACGACGACCCGCGCCGCGAAGAGGAGAUCCGGAAAUACAGCGCCAUCUACGGACGCUUCGACUCCAAGAGGAAGGACGGCAAGCAUCUGACACUCCACGAGCUGACGGUGAACGAGGCCGCAGCGCAGCUGUGCAUGAAGGAGGCGGCGCUGCUGAUGCGCAGGGACGAGUUAUUCGGACUCGCUCGCCAGGUCUCCAGAGAGGUGACCUACAAGUACACGUACAGGACCAGCAAAUCCCGAUGCGGAGACAGAGACGAGCCGUCCCCGAAGAGGAUCAAGACAGAGCAGGAAGGGUUUUUUGACCUGCAGGAGGCGCUACAGGCCAUUCACAUGCGGCAGGAGACUCUGAAAGAGCAGCUAAAUCAGGCUCGGUCCAAGGGAGAGGAAACGCUCACUCGAAACAUCCAGGUUCAGCUAGAGCGUCUCUUGGCAAAGCAGAUGGAGAUUCUGCAUGAUGCAGCGACGCAGGACAGACUGCAGGCUCUGGAUUGGCGCGUACCUCCCGGAGCCUUUAAACACCAUGCUGACUCCCACAAUGCUAACGCUAAUGCUAACGGGGUGCAGAGCAGCGCUGAAAAACACGCCGAGCAGCACGGUGAGAGGCCACUGAAUCUACGCGUGACAGGACAAAGGGGCGGAGUUUUAGAUGGAGACACACCUCUGGGAAAACAGCUGGCCAAUGAGCUGAAGAGACAUCACCAGGCCAGCGCCGAAGGCAAGGCAGCGGUCGCCACAGAGAACGGCAGCGGAGGCGAGGCGAGUCCCUGCGCUCUCAACCUCUCCGAAAAGAAGGCCAUCAAAUGUGAACCUGAGGACUCCAGAUAGCAGACCAGACCUCCGUUUUAGUUUUAUCUCUUUUCUUUUUUUUUAUUUCAACUUUGAUGAUGAACUGUCGUCUGUCCGUGAAUACUAAAGGAGCACAACUACAGUAGAGCCUUAAUAACCAACGUUGCCUCAGAUUUCCUUUAUUUGAUUUUUUUUUCUUUUUUCUUCUUCUUCUUUUUCUUCUUCUUCUUUUUUUAGCCAAAGCACCUAGAGCCCUUAUUUUCUUUCCUGGAUAGAUUAACAGAAUUUUGUGUUGUUAGUGACUGUAAAUGCAACAACCCCGCCAACUCUCUCUCUCGCGCUCUCUCUCUCUCUCUCUUUCUCUCUCUCUCUCUCUCUCUCUCUCUCUUCUACGAUUAGGCGUGGACCGUAAAGUCCGCUGGUUGUACAUACAUUUGUUGAUACGUGGAAAAUGUUCAGAUGUUAUUUAAAUACACUUUGUGUUGUUUGUGUGAGUGUGCGUGUGUGUGUAUCUAUAUGAAUGCAUGUUGUGUCACAAGCUGAUUGUUCGAAACAUCAAAGACAAGCACAAACGCCAUUGUUCUUUAUUCGCUCUAUAUAUAAUAAUGGAACAGCGUAACUAUCAGGUAGAGGCGUGUAUCAGGACUGAGCUAGAAAAGCACGCUAUCAGAUAUGAAGCUCGCGAGACAAAGAACUAGCAUGAGUACAAACCGUACGUUCACACUAGCAGGAGUUUAAAAUCUCGGUUGUGGGCGUGGCCUAUCCAGCGUUCCGUUGAAAAAUGCUAGUAGCUAUAGUAUAUAUAUAUAUAUGGAGUUUUGUAAGGCUAGCUAGGAUAACUUGUUGCAGUCUUGGCGUCAUGCAAGCAAACAGCAAAUAGUAACUAGCGAGAUUUGUUGCUUCACCGGGAAAGGUCUUCUUUUUGAAUACCAAGCCUUUAACUAGUUAGCUUUAGUAGUGUUUAGGGCCGAUACUUAAAAAAAGAAAGAAACAUGUCUAUGUCAAUAUACAGAAAAUGUACUGAGACCAGACUCAGGUCAUACAGCCCUAACUGGCAUUAGCUUAGCUCUUUUGCUAGGUUAGCUUUCACUCACUCAGGAAACUGUUGUUCCCUUGCUAAGCUUGGUUUCACUCACAGUGUUAGCUUUAUUAACUACUACUCUCUGCCUGGAUUAGCUUUUAAUCACAAUGUUAGCUUCUCUGAGAAUUGUUCUCUUGCUAGGCUAGUAUUUCGUCACAGUGUUACCUUUGGUAACCCCAAACCUUAGUUUCUCUAACUUUAGAUCUCUUGCUAAGUUUGUUUUCACUCACAAUGCCUGCUUCGUUAACUGCCUCUCUCUUGCUAGGUUACGUUCUGUAUCACUCACGAUAUUAGCUUCUCUUAUUAUUGUUCUUCGCUCCUGAUGGAACCUUCUAGGUUAGCGUUCACUCAUGAGGUUGCUAGAUUAGCUUUCUCCUACAGUGUUACUUCAUUUAAUAUUAUUCUGUUGCACAAGUUUCACUAACGAUGUUAGCUUAAGUACCUACAGUACUGCUUUCUUGCUAAAUUAGCUUUCUCUCACAGUGUUAGCUACUCUACAUUUUCUUCUCUUGCUAGGUUUGAUUCACUAAUAAUUUUAGCUUUACUAAAUACCCCUCUCUUGUUAAGUUAGCUGUCCUAGGACUAGAUGAAGUUAUAAUGGAUUGUACUGUAAUUGGUGAAAAAAAAACAAAAAACGCUUGCCCGUCUGUUCGUCGCUCGCUAGUGUGAACGUAAGGUCUGCCACUCUUAGUAAGUAUAAGUGCUUUAUCUUGCUCAGGGUGGCUUAAAUGACAAAAUUUACUUAAUUAAAUGACUUUAUUACAAGGUUGAGAAGUAAAAACAAUAAUUUUGGGACAAAACAAUAAUAUUGACAAUAUAACUACUACUAAUAAUAAAAAUAAACAAGAGCUAAAACAGUCACGCGCACAUGUCUGAUAUCAGGUACUGAUUAAUAUGAAAUAGACCUGCUCUGCAGGUUCAGUCUGUAACGAUUUAUCGUGAUAUUGUUCUGUUUUUUUAAAUGUGAUGAGCUUGUUAGCUAAAAAGCUGAAGAGUCGCAUCAGCCUUCAGCCAAGCUGUGUACGUAAUCUAGUGUAGAGCGUAACAUACCAAGUGUGUAGUAAGUAGUAGAGCAAUACCGACUAGCUGUUGUUAAUAAACCGGUGUGUGUGUGUGUGUGUGUGUGUAUGGGUGGGUUGUUUACUGUACAGUGUGUGGUGUACUAGUGUUAGAAAUAGUCUUAGAUUCAGCUGGUGUAUUCAUGUAACUUUUAUGCACUAGUGUUGGACUUAAAAAUGCAUUUUUUAUACAACUUUCAUCUUUUCCAUCUUCUUUUUCUUCAUACCAUCCUUACCAGCUCGUGUUGUAGGUUUUCCCGACAGACGAUCAGGUUUCCCACAGUCGUGUGUGCGUGUCUGUGUGUGUGUCUAUGAGUGUGUGUGUUUUUUUAAUGAAUACCUCUGUGAGAAUAACCGACUGACCCUCAUGUCCAGAUGUGUUUUUUUUAUUUUUGUUUUAUUUUUAAAGCACAGAGUGGAGAAAUGAUCUGUACUAUUUAUUUUUAUACGAUUACGUUAUGCAAAAUGUUCUUAAUUUAAGUGCCAUUUAAUUUUUCUUUUCUUUUUUUUAAAGAGGAUAUGGUUAUGGUUGAGUGCAAAGUUUGUGCACCCAUAUGUAUUAGGUCUCACAUUGUCGUGGUUUGUACAAAACAACAACAAAAAAAUUAUAACCAGUUCAUUUAUUUUUUUUAUGUUUAUGAUAUUUUUUUAGAGUGUAUACACCCUGUGAUCAUGGUCACGUCUUCGGGAACAGGUUUUGGAUGCCCUUCAAAUCACUGUUAAAAAGGUUUUCUGGAAAUAAUAAUAAUAAUAAUAAAAAUAAUAGUAAUAAUAAAAAAGAUAAACUAGCCAAAUAAUGAGACAGAAAAAAAGAGAAAGAGUUCAAAGUGAUGCUCGCACCGCUAUUUUAUCAAUGAUCUUUGUGUUGUGGUGCUUUUAGAAGACUCAGAGCAGGAGCCUGGAGAUUUCAUGACUGAUUUGAUGUAUUUGUUUGUUCUAGACUGAACUGUACUAAACGCUACUGAACCAUACUGUUCCUUGUCCCUGGGUGUGGAACCCUUAAGCGUACACCAUUUUCACAUAUACUACUUUAACCUCCACUAAACAAACAAACAAAAAAAAGCUAUGCCAAAUUUGUGCAUCAUGAAUAUUUUUUUAAAGAUGCAUUAUAUCCAUGUAAAAGAUACAGGUACAAAAGUUCAAGUGUACCAGUUCAGUGACAUCAAAAGGUUUCACCCACCCCCAAGAGUGUAGGAAGUAACCUAGAUCAAAGUGAAGAAAAAAUAUUGUUUUAUCAAUGAAAAACAACAUAUAAAAACAAAACACACAUUUUUUUCAUGCUUUGCACAAACAAAUAAUUUUGUGCACUGAAAAAACAGGAGGGGCACAAACUUUUGCACUCAACUCUCAAAUCAGUUGUGCAGGUCAUUCUGAAUGAUCUGAUAGGAUUUAAGACGUGUGUUAAUCAUUGAUAAGUGAGGAAUCGAUUUUGAAUCAGUGUCACACACACACACACACACAGAUCAGGGGUGUCAAAUCUGCAGUCUUUGAUAAAACUCCAGUUUCCUCCAGUCUUGUGAACUGUAGACUCUCAGUUGAGAGCUCAGAGAAACCAGAAGCUCUGUUGUGCCACUAGGGGGCAGAAGAGAGCAUGUGACUAAUAUGCUAAAUUCAUGUAUAGCUAGCUAAUAACAUUUCUGCUGUAACUAUCGGGCACAUAAUACGAUAUAAGGUUUAACGAUACACUUGUCUCCACUGCGAUACGAUUCCUAUGAUCGCUUUGUUUGCGAACGAUAACGAUGUUAAAUAGUAAACGCUUCAGCACUAUGAACAAAUCGAUUCAUUUCAAUCGAAACAUGGAUUCGAAUCUUCGUCUCGUUUCACCGCCAGUCACAAAAAUAGCUAACAGAUGUGCUGAAUGUUUUGUUCACAAAGAAAGGUUUUGUUUUUGUUUUUUUGUAAAUUAAAUAAAAAACUGUACUGACUGUAAAUUAAUUUUAAUUGAAGACGGUUAGGGGGUGAAUACUUACGCAAAUGUCAUGGAUAUAUUUUGUAUAAAUAAUAAUUUAUUAUUAAUUUUUUUUGACACCCCUGAUCUGGACUUUAGCAUCGUUAAAGUGAGAUUUAAACACUUGUUUUGCCUUAUUUUUUUAUGGGUAUGAUUAUAUCAAAACUAAAUGAGGUACUAAACAGUACCCUUGCUUGUGCCUGGUGCGGUACCUUUAGUACUCGGCUUUUACAUGGAUAUUUGUGCUAUUACAUGGAUGAAGGUGCGAUUAAGCAUCACUUGUUAAACGUACAGUACGCUACAUCACAUUAGGAUGCCUAAUGGUACCAUCACAUCAGUACAGAAAGGUACAGUUAGUACCCUUUUCUCUGAGAGAGUAUGCCUGAUCCAGGUGAUUUUUAUUUUGCUGAUGCAUUCGGGCUUAGCAUUUAACCUUUAAGCUAGCCGAGCCUGGUAGCUUCUUUGAUUAAAUCUCAUGUGUGUGUGUGUGUGUGUGUGAUGUUUUCCCCCUCUGAUGCAUGGAAAGUGAUCAGCAUGGAGAUUGUAUGUAAUUACAUUUAGAUAGGCAGAUUUCUUAGAGACAUUUGAUAAAAACUGAAAGAACAGAAAAAGACACACACACACACUUUAUCUGAUUAGUUUAUCAGUAACGCUUAUACACACACACGGCCUAUAAACCAGUACCUAUAGUUCACAGAAUAUUUCCAAGCUCUUACUCUUGCCCCCUUUUCUGCUUUCUGUCCUUUAAAGACAGCGAUCUCUGUCGCCUCUGCUCCUGCUUUGUACAGUAGAAAAGGAGGGAAAUGCAUCCAGGCCUGUGGGAUGAAAAGUUUUUGUUUGUUUUUCUAAAAAAAAAAUUAAUGAGUAGAGGCUUUGUUCUCAUCUUAAUUGUGACGGAGUUUAUGAUUCAUCAUUAGGAUAUGCAGUAGUCAUUCACCUCUUGUUUUGUAAACACUAAUAUAUUUAAUUUGUUAUACAGCACACGAACAUUAAACUCUAUUUUUUUGAGAUA